AUGUUAAAGAAGAAAGAUUAAUUAGGAAGAAAGAAGGUGGUAGAGGAAAGCAUGAUACUAAAAGCAAAAUUCUGCAAAACCAACCACCACCCAUAAGAUUUCUUCCCCCCAUUACCAAAUCAGAUGGAAGGAUUGAGAUGCAAAAAGUGAAAAGGGGGACCUUCUUAUUGCCUGUUUGGGAAAUCCUCCUACCAUUCCAGAUAUUAUCUUCAGAGCCAAAGAAUAUACAACCAUCACAGUUAUUUUGCCCCUCACUCUUGUUUCUACUUAUGCUGGAUUAAUAUAAGUAUGUCUUGUACCUUUGCUUAAUUUCUUGUCAAGUAGCUGGAUAGCAAUUAUGGGUAUUGGUUUAUUUCUCUGUAGCCCUUUAGUUUGUUUGUAGAUUUGAUUUGUUGCCCUUACAAUUUUUAAUGAUGAAUCUUGUUAAAGCGUAGAUUUUUCUUGAAGCAAUAUUGUCAAGAUAAUUCCUUUUCAUUUUUCUGUUUAAUUGUGGCAAUAUUAGGAAUUUCCU